UGACAGUUACACUUGUUUAUGUGGAUUGUUGUGUUGGGAAGCUCCGUUAAAUUGUAGUCCUCGUAAUUUAAUUGAAAAUUGAAGAGACUUGAAAAUUGAAUUUUCCCUGAAUUAAUAUAUCUGUGAUAUAACCGGUUUUGUCUUACAUUUUUGGAAGACUACGGAUUUUGUGAAUUGAAGAGAAAAACCAGUGAAGUGAAGAAAAAUUAAUUACAGGGUUUAUUCGGUAUGGCGAUUGUUUUGUGAACAGGUUCCUGAAAUUCAAGGUUCGAACCCCUACAUCUUUGCAGGAACGGUGGGUCGCUCAGUUGUCUUGUUGCUGAACCAUCCGAUGGGGCAACUUACAAGAAACGCCUCGAUGUCGGUAUCGCCAUGAGACUGGACACAGGUUCGCCCUGCAGCAACAGCCCCCAGAAAGAGAACAACAACUCAGUGAACGUCAGUGGCCCAGAGCUGGAGCUCCUCGCCAAGCUGGAGGAGGCAAACCGUAUCAUCGAGUCGGACGCAAAGUCGCUCAACUCGUUGAGCGGCGCCUCCGGCCAGUCGGGACAUUCAAGGAAGAGUUCUGAUACCUCGCAAAUUUCCCUAACUUCGGGCACAAGUUCAACUCAAGAUAGGUCAGAAGAUGGAGGUGGAGAAGAAGAUCUCUGGACCAUGUGGGGAAGAAUUGUGAACGACUGGGAAAAUAACUGGAAAAAACACAAUGGUCAAGUAAGAGAACUUGUCAGGAGGGGGAUACCUGUACAUUUCAGGGCCAUUGUAUGGCAACUUUUAUGUUCUGCUACGGAAGCUCCGGAAAAGAAAUUAUACGCUGAAUAUAUUAAGACCAAAUCCCCAUGUGAAAAAGUGAUAAGGAGGGACAUAGCCCGUACAUAUCCAGAACAUGAUUUCUUCAAGGAAAAAGAUGGUUUAGGACAAGAAUCUCUUUUCAAUGUGAUCAAGGCGUAUUCUUUACAUGAUCGCGAAGUUGGCUACUGUCAAGGAUCUGGUUUCAUUGUCGGCCUACUACUUAUGCAGAUGCCAGAGGAAGAAGCGUUCGCUGUCUUGGUUAAAAUAAUGCAGGACUACAAGAUGCGAGACAUGUUCAAACCGAGCAUGGCAGAGCUUGGUGUUUGCAUGUUCCAACUGGAGAAUCUGGUUAGCGAACAACUACCCGAUCUCAACCAACAUUUCCAAUCGCAGAAUUUCCAUACAUCGAUGUACGCUUCCGGUUGGUUCCUCACCCUGUUCACGACCACCCUAACACUGCCGUUAGCCUGUAGGAUAAUGGAUGUAUUUUUGUCGGAAGGGAUGGAGAUUAUUUUCAAGGUCGCACUGGCCAUGUUAACCUUGGGUAAAGAUGAUUUGAUGUCAUUGGAUAUGGAGGGAAUGCUAAAGUUUUUCCAAAAGGAAUUACCUCAGAGGGCACAAUCUGAUCCAGACAGUCUAAUGACCUCUGCAUACACAAUGAAAUAUAAUGCAAAGAAAAUGAAGAAAUUGGAAAAAGAAUACAUAGUUAUCAAAACUAAAGAACAGGAAGAGAUGACAGAACUGAAGAAACUUCGAACAGAAAAUAAACAGUUGAGGCAUCGUUGUGAAAUGUUGGAGGAAGAAAGCAAGGCUCUUGCUGAUCGGCUAGUGAAAGGACAGGUCAGUAGAGCUGAAGAAGAAGAAACCACUUUUUGUGUACAAAGAGAAUUGGAUGCUUUGAGGCACACACAUUUAGAAACUACACAUCAGUUAUGCUUAGCGAACGAGAAAAUUCGUUCUUUGUCUCUCAAGAUGGAAGAAACGCACACAUCUCGUCAAUCUUCGAUUGAGGAGAUAUCUCUGAAGCAGGAACAACUACAACAAAGGGAAGAAAUGAUUGAAUGUUUGCAGGAGGAACUAGUCAAGGUUAGAUUGAGAGAAGCUGAGAAUGACGCCCUAAUCAGGGAACUCAGGAGUAAAAUACACGAAUUAGAGGAAGACAAGAAGACUCUCAGAGAAACUGCCCCAGAUAAUAGUGUGGCUCAUCUCCAAGAAGAAUUGAUAGCGGUAAAACUUAGAGAAGCUGAAGCAAACUUAUCAUUGAAGGAUCUCAGACAAAGAGUGAGCGAGCUGAGCGCACAAUGGCAAAGGCAUUUACAAGACCACCAAAAAGAACAGAAUCAAUCUGGCGAAAGCCAUAGCACACCCAAGAAGCUAUUGUUCUGGGAAAAUAGGCACAAUGAAACACAAAAACUGGAAGAUGAACUUAUGACCACUAGAAUUAGAGAGAUGGAAACGCUGACUGAACUGAAAGAAUUGCGACUCAAGGUGAUGGAGUUAGAGACUCAGGUGCAAGUGAGCACAAAUCAACUUAGAAGGCAGGAUGACCAAAUUAAAAAACAGAGAGAGCAGCUGGAGGCUGCCGAAUUAAGAGACAGAGAAGCGGCAGCUAGACUGCUCGAGGAACAAAGAAGAUAUUCAGAUCUUGAAAGCAAAAUGAAGGAUGAACUCAUGAAUGCAAGAAUAAGUGACGCGGAGAAGACGCAGGUUGUUGCAGAAAUGAGGCAGCAAAUAAGCGAAUUGGAACUGAAGAGUCAGGAGAUUGCCACAGAAGGUGAACUUAGGAUUCAUUCAGUUGAUGAAAGUGAACAUGUUCGGGAGCUACAAGACAAAAUAGUCGAUUUACAAGCUGAGGUCAUGAGAUUGGAAACCUUAAGAAAACGAUGGAUAGGCAACGGUAAUCAAUGUCUACAAUCUAGGUCAUCAUCAGUAGACAGUACAGAUGAUGACAUCAAAUUUCGACCUGAUGACCCCUCACUAAGGCUAACAAUAGCGGAUUCUCCUACUUCUCAUGAUCAUCCCUUUGGUGAUUUUUCCAAUUCAGUUUCCUCAAGUUUGGACCCUCUAUAUUGUAACAGUGAAGAUAUCAAAAGUUAUCAACAAAAGAAUUCCCCUGUUUGACCAUUCAACUGUGUUGAACAAUGUAGUCAAUUGUAUCAGCAAAAAUUAGGAUUUUCUAAUGAUUAUUUGUGAAAAAUAUUAGAUGAAUCUGUUGAAAAAACGGUAGUAUUGAAAUUUCACAAUUUUCACUCAUUAACAUAUUGUUAUUCAUAAAGAUGAAUUUGUUGUUUCAGUAUUACUGUUGUUAUUUAUAAUGUAGUAUUUAUUCAAUUAUUGUUUUGGAUAUUGUGGUUUCUGGUUAUUGGAUAAUUUUUCUCCAACUUGAGCAAUAAAAAAAACAUUGAUUAGAAAUAAAACAUUCCACAGUGUCAAGCAAGUAAUUUAUAUAUGUAAGCUUUGUAUGAAUUAGAAGUAGAUUUAUACAGAAAUUAACUGUUCCACAUGGUUUUUUCCUCAAAUUCUGACUGGAUCAUAUGAAUAAACAAUAUUAUCUUUCUUAUUCAAUUCUUAUAGUUAUACUGUAUAUAUUUUUAAAUGGAGAAAUUGGUUUCUUGAACAACAAAAAUCUAACAAAUAAAAUUUCUAUUUUAAAAUGUUUUUAUAAUUUAAUUUUGUUCUCAUAUGAUCUUUCACUGAAGACAGCUUUUUAUCAAAUAUGUCCAACUUUAUUUUUAUAUGUUGUAUUUUUAACAAUCAGUAUUUUAUUGGCUUUGUACUUAGUGUUAAAAUACUUGAUGAGAUUUUAAGAUUGAAAACUUUAUGUUAACUGCUUUUGAUAUCAAUCAUUUAUUAUUCCAUGAGAUGUAAGAAUCAUUUCCAACUAAAUCAUUUCAAAAUUCAUAAUCUAAACUCCAUUGAUAAAACGCAAUUUUCAUUUUGGAUAUUUUAUUGCCAUUUUGAUUUAUCAUUUUCACGGUAAAAAUUGGAAAUAUUAGUAAUUAGUUGUGAUUUUAUGUGUUACUUUCUUUUGAACAUAAACAAAUAUGACUUAAUCAAUACAUUAAAUGUUCUAAUUAACCAGCUGUUCAAAAUUUCAAGUCCAUGUACUGCAUAUAUGUUGUAGGACCAUAAAUUCAUUAAUUGAUACAUUCUGAGAUCUUAUUAUAGUAGAAUUUAUUUAUUGAAUAAUUUUCCAGGCAAGUUGUGAUUUUUAUUGUGCAAUCAGAUAUUUACAUUUAUUUAUGACGAAUUUGUUCAAUGUUUUUAUUACAAAAUCUAAAUGUUUUAUUUAUAAUAACCAUUUGUUUGUUACUUCUAUGUUUUAUUUGAAAUUUAGCGCACAUUAUUUAGUAUAUGGUAUUAUUUUGAAUAUUUGUUGAAAGAAAUGUAAUUAUACUAUUAUUUAACAAUAAAAUGUCGAUGUUUCAA